AUGGUACAGUUUUGUUCACUAAUUCUUGCAUUAACGACGAUUACCGUCGUUUUGACGCCUUCUUAUGCUUGGUGGAGCCGUAGGAGAAGGAGUUGUUCGGCCGUUCGUUGUCAAGUUAGUAACUGGAGCUCUUGGAGCUCCUGUACUCGAUCUUGCAACGGCGGAAUUCGUACACGUACUCGGAGGAAAACUGUUACAGAAUCCUGUGGAGGAAGUUGCCCAUACCACCUGUCAAACACGAUGAAUUGUAAUACACAAUGUUGUCCUGUUGACUGUAUUUACACCUGGGGUGCCUGGAGUGCAUGUACAGGCUGCGGGAAUUCUACGCAAUCGCGGUCCACAAAUAUUAUACGACAGAGCUCUUGCAACGGGACGGCUUGUCCUGCGAAGGAAACACAGUCCUGUUAUACUGGAGUGUAA